UCCUGGGAUUGCCUUCCUUCGCCUGCUGGGCUCCAGCAGCAGUGUCUGCAAUUGUCUUCCAACAUGGCCGAAGACAACUGUUCAAACCAGAAUCUAUCAAAGAAUAAUCCCCGCAGUCGUACAAGAUUCACAGAAGAGCAACUGAAAAUCCUCAUCAACGUCUUCAACCAAAAGCCAUACCCUGGUUACGCUACCAAACAGAAGCUUGCUUUGGACUUCAACAUCGAAGAGUCAAGAAUCCAACAUUGGUUCCAGAAUCGAAGAGCACGAUACCCACUCCAGAAAAGACCAGAGCUUAAGGAAGCUUCAGACUCAAGCCAAGGCCAUGGAGAAGACUGUCCUCAAGAGCAAGUUCAAAAUCUCUCUACUGUACAAAGAGAACCCAGACGGUGUCGUAUCAACUACAGCCCCUCUCAACUGCACACCCUCAUCAAGGCAUUUACGGAAAACCCUUACCCGGGAAUUGAUUGCAGAGAACAACUUGCCAAAGAAACCGGAGUUUCUGAGUCAAGAAUUCAAACUUGGUUUCAAAACCGGCGAAACAGAUUCAAUAGGCAAAGAAAAAUAAAGUCUGAUGAGGAAGACCAGGGAGAAGAGCACUGAGGUUGCUUCAAGUCUUUCAAGAAAUCUACCUGUUCCCUGAGACUUCCAGACAAACCUUCAAAAAAUGGUAAACAGGACUUCACGAGGCAAAUACAAGAGAAGCCACACAGCCCGACUGACCUAUCCUGGUUUCAAAAGUCAUCAGACAUUGGGACAAUGAAAACGAAUCUAACAGGAGCCAGUGUUGCAGUGCCGCGGUUAAGCCACUGUGAUGCCACCAUCCCAUAAGAACACCAGUUCAAGACCCAGCUGCUCCGCUUCUGAUUCAGCUUCCUGCUGAUGUGCCGGGACAGCAGCAGCAGAUGAUCCAAGUACUCGGGCUCCUUCCAUCCGGAUGGGACACUCAGAUGCAGUUCCUGGCUCCUGGCUUUGGCCUGAUCCAGUCUAGGCCAUUGUAGCCAUUUGGGGAGACA